AUGGAAGCUGAACGUGAUAUAUCGGCGCCUAGUUCUACUAACCAAUCGAAUGGAAAACUUGAGUUAAAAAGACAAAUAAGUUUAAUAAAUGGUAUAUCAAUCAUUAUUGGUACGAUUAUUGGUUCUGGAAUAUUUGUCAGUCCUAAAGGUGUACUUGGAAAUGUGUCUGAAUCGGUUGGCUUGUCUAUUAUAGUUUGGGCGAUAUGUGGAAUAAUUUCUUUGUUUGGCGCAUUGUGUUAUGCUGAACUUGGUACUACCAUAACCUCUAGUGGUGGGGAUUAUGCUUAUAUCAAAGAAGCGUUUGGAGAUUUUCCUGCUUUUCUUCAGUUAUGGCGUUUUUAUUAA